UAUCAUUUCAAUUCAAACUUAUUACUUUAACCAUCUUUAACUUCAAAAGCAUUCAUAUCUCAAUGCUUAUCCCACUCAAGGAAUCUUGUUUACGUCUUUUAACUGCUCAUUCGUCUGGUUUAAAAGAUGUAGGAAAUUGUGUUUAUGAAUUGAUUAGACCAGUUUUAUUUGCAUGUCCACCAGAUCAAUUAGCAGAAAUUGAAGAUUUAUCACCUCAUUUGAUGUUAGAAUCAGAUGAGAUCUGGUUAUUACAUUUAAGAAGAGAUUUUCCCAACGAAUCUAAACCCCAAGCCACCCGAACCAUCGAACCAGAACCAAACUCAGAACCAUACCCAACCCAAACCAUUAAUCCAUACACGAAUGAACCAAUUGAUUUACCAAUCCAUCGAAUCCAAUACUUUACCAUCAAACAAUCCAAAGCCAAAGCCUUAGCGAACGCUUCAGCCCGACUGAGAGAAAGAACCCAAGCAAAUCGAUCUGAGUUUAGUAAACGAAAAGCGAUUUUUACAGGAGAAACUGAUCGAGGACAGUUUAGAAGUAAACGAUUGAUGAGUUCUAAUCAUCGUGGAAAUCCUUAUCAAAGUAAAUCGUUGGCUGAAAAAGCAAGACAACAAGUUAAAAAGUCUUGUGCUGUUUAUGCUAAUGCGUCUAGAUUAAAGACUCCAAUAGGAUCAGUAAUUAACCCAUCAAGUUCAUUGACUCGUUCUAUUGGAUCUUCUUCUUCUUCAAAUCCAAUCCAUCAAACCAGCACUUCUUCUUCUUCGGAUCAAACCACACCUAGAUCUCAUUUACAAAACCCUAACAUAGUAGUCAAAGUAGUCCCAUCCAAACCUUUAAUUCCUCCGAACCCUUCAAGUAGAAUCAUCAAACCUACUCCAUUCCAAUCGACCUCCAAACCCACCUUGAUGAAAGUAGUCAGACCGAUCAAUCCCAUGACCCCUAGAUCUACUAAAGAAACAAUACCGAUCAUCGGAAGUUCUUCUAAUCAUCAGCCGACUAGUUCUGGUUCUUCUGGUUCUGGUCCUUCUGGUUCUGGUUUGAUGAUCAAGAAACCAAGUAGUUUGUUUAUGCCGAAAACUAAAAAACCGCCUCCUCCUACUCCUCUUAGAUCGAUUGUUUCAGUACCUUUGAAUCAAACUUUAACUUCUACUCGUAUGUCUAGACCACCACCACCAUCAUCAUCAUCAUCAUUAAAUAAAAGAUGAAGUGGAGUUGGAGUUGGAUUGGAUACUUUUUUCUUUUGAUUUGUGUAUAUUUGGAACUUGAAUUACAUUUCUUUUUCUCUUUUAUAUUUUUUAGGGUUUGGAAUUUCUGAAUUGGUUUUCUUUUCUUUUAUUGUAUAUCUAUUGUACUUUUUUCAUUUUAAACUUCAUUUAUGAUUUUAAGCAUAGAAUCAAGAAAUGAAAAUCUGUUAUUUCAUUUUUCUAAUAAUUAAGUAAGAUGAAAUAAAUUACAUCAAGAUGAG